GCUGAAGGUUCAUUAUUUACUCGAUUCGCGUCCAGUUUUCCGGUAGUCUUCGUCGUCCGUUCGCUGACACCCACCGGGAACUCAUACAACGAUAGCAGCAGUAUAAUAUUAAAACCGUUAUAUCAGUGGACCGUACGAGUGGUGCCGAUAUCGAUAAAUCGACAAAAAUUUUAUUUUUAUUUUAAUAUUUUAAACUUACAAUGUCUGCCGGAAAGUUCGUAGUGGUGUUCGCACUUGUAGCUGUCGCGUUGGCGGCCGGUUCGCCAAUGUCACCGUCCGUGCCUCAGCAGCCGCCUCCACCGUCCCGUGAUCAGCAGGACGGAAAUAACGACGUGAAUCUGCAGCCACAACACCACGAUCUCCAUGUGCAGCAGCAACACGCCAAGCCGUCGUACAUGAUACGCGAGGACGAACUGGUGCGAAAAUUGAAUGCCAAGUGCGGCGCCCGCGACGUGUCCAGCUGCGUCAUGCUGAAGCUGGUUACCUAUAUGAACAAGCUGAUGAAGAAAAACAACUUGGAAAUCGGAGACAUGAUGGAGAUCGCAAAGAAAGACGGACAAGCUGAAGAUAUGGCCUCAACCGAAGAGUCAUCGGUCCGCGUAGACGGCUCGGCUAGGUCGUACACCGAUGAGUCGGCGUUCGGACAGGUGAUGGCCGACAAGAUGUGGAGGUACGUUCAGUCCCGAGCGCUCAAGAUCAAGGUUCUGCCCGAGGCUGACUUCGUUGUGUCCGCGUCCCCGGAACAAGACGGUUCCCUCAACUUUGGAAUGUCAUUCAGGUCUGGCAAAGACUUGAACGAGUCCGGACGGGGUAAGAACAAGAACAUGGGACCCAUGAUGGCAGCUAUGAUGAUGAAAAUGGGCAUGCUUAAGGUCAUGGCAUUUAAGGUACUUGCCUUGCUUGUGGGCAAAGCUUUGUUCGUCAGCAAGCUCGCCUUCCUGUUGGCUACUGUCAUCGGGCUGAAAAAAUUGUUCAGCCAACAGAAACACGUCACGUACGAAGUAGUAGCCCACCCACACCACGAGUCCCAUGGCAGUGACUCUUACAGCUCAGCCGGAUGGGGUCGUUCGUCUUCGGAGGCAGCGCAUAACAUGGCUUACUCCGGACAAGGCCAAUAGACACAAUUUCGUCGUUAUUAGAUAUAGGUAACUGCAUAAGACAUCACAUGACGAGCACAAGUCCUGUACUUUAUUGUAAAGUGCCUAUUUAAGCGUUUAGCCAGCACCUGGUCGUUCGCACACUCGUCGUCCAGUGUAUUCUCUGAACGUCUAUUAAUUUAUUUGAACAAAAACAAGAAAAUCACGUUAUUUAUUAUUUAUAUUUUAUUUAUUGCGUUAAAUUUAAGUUUGUUUUAUACCUAAUAUUAUCUAUUGAAUAUUUUUUAUAUGUUUAUAGUACCCACCUAUUUAUUACAUAUCAUCUGUGACCAUCGUUUAUACAUUUUAUCUAACAGACUAUAUACGAGUCAAUACAAUUCAUCUAAUGUAAAAUAUCCAACGUUAGUCGUGUGCAAACAAUGUAAACGAUUUAAGUUGGGUAUUUAAUAUUUUAGAUAGAGAAUUUUAUUAGAUAUUUCAUUAUUUUGUUAUUUUAGUUAAUAACAUUUUAUUUUUGUUAAAGUCUACUCUUGGUCUUUUACAAAGUCAAUGGCUCGUGAACUUCACAAUAUAUUAAUAUGUAUUUUUAAUACUAUUUUUAACUACCUAUAAUAAUUAAUAUUAUUUCAUUUGAAGACAAUAUUAUUUGAAUUCAAUAAUUUAUCGUAAUCUGCAGUGUAAGUUAUGUAUAGCUUUUUAUAAAUACAGUGGAACACGUAAAACUCGUAAGUACAAUAUUUACAAACAGUUUUUGAAUGUACUGAAUUAUAUCAUAAAUCGUUACCUGUCCUACCGAUGUACGUCUAGCGUAUAAUAUAAGAAUGGAAUAUAAAAAACAUGUAUUAAUAUUUUAAAAUUGUAAUAAAAGAAAGACAGUUCGACAAAAACGACAA